GGUGAAACAUUGUUAUCGAAUUUCCAUCUAUGUUACAUGAGCAAUUCUUCCACAGUUUUGACGCGACCAUUCUGGCUGGUCCUACUCGAAGGAAGAAACCUGAAUCCUCCGGUAGUGAAUACGAAUGGACAGAUGGCACAAAGCCUACCAACCCUACCAGUGAGCAUGCGGAACCUCCGAAGAGUUCAACUUGGAUAAGUGAGGUUCACUCCGUAGAGGAUUUCGUGGACCUGUUUUCUUCCUCGCAUGAGAAAAAGCCUAAUCGUUCGAGUCAACCAGAUCAAGCAAAUCAGUCCAUAACUGAACUCAAUCCACACUGGAGGGAUGGAGGGACGGGUCUACCUGAAAAUGUUACUGACAAAACGAAACAGGUUCCUAAAUCAGUUUUGACGAAAGACAACGAAGCUUGGUUAUUUAAGUCUUACAAGCGUUGCCUGGACCAAGCCAGAGAUGAAGGCAUCGAUGUUGAAGAGCUACUGCUUCAGCGUUGGGACAGGGCGACUGUGGACGAUAUGCUGGCCGCGUUUGCUCACGGUAUCCAUCGUCGCUCCACGGGACAUGUGACUCCCCGAGCUCCUCCGCGAUGGAAGAAGUCGCGGCCGAACGAUUUCGGGAAGCCUGAAUCUAGCAGUACAGAACUGGAGUCCGACCAUCAGACAAUCCAGAACACAGCUGUUCCGAAGGCUACCUCACGUGCUGAGGAUAGCUCAGCCGUUUCCACUUCAGAUACCACUGAAACUGAGGAGCGUUUUGUUACUACAGAUGAUGUUAAUGCGAUGGCCGCUAAAGUCCUCAAAGCCGAACUGACCGGAGAUCCAACAAAAGUCAAAAAGUUGAAAGCGAACUUGCAGAAACUUCGUGAAGCUCAUCGCCGAGGAAUCAAGAUUAGAAUGCAUGUCCUUCGUAAGCGUUCCGUAACCAACGAUCCACCCGUGGCUAGCGACAAACCCAUUGUGAUUCCUCUCACGCAAAUGGACGACCGUGGUAUGGAGAGACCGCUUCGAAUAGUUAGUCCCUCCUCAUCCUCCUUCGACCAGCGAAAGACAAAAUCCUUCCGCACACACGAUGCCAGCGGCAAACGAGUCGCCUACUUACCUGCAGACUCGGCUGAAACGAGCGUGAGAGACAUGGUGCGCGAAGAACAGUCUCGGUCUUCUUAUGAUGUGGACAUGGAAUUUACGCGACUCGCAUCGAAGGCUGGUAGGAAAGUUGACGAUGAAUACGACGACGCCUUUGUCCCUAAAAGAAGUUUCACUGAUCGGGAUGUUGCUCGGAUCAAGCAAGACGCAGUGGCAGCCUACAAGCGUCGCGCGUUUGCUGAAGCGUCCUGCACCACCUGCCUCGAACGCGUUCCAAAGCAUUUGGUCAUUAGCGUGGGUGAAAAAGCUUUUCUUUCCCUCCCUGGGCACGUAAGCCUGGUGCCUGGUCAUUGUCUGCUCACUCCAUACGAGCAUAUUGGCUCCACUACUCGCUUGGAGGAGCGCACAUUGGACGAAUUGGCAAACUUCAAGCAUCAACUAGUUGCCAUGUUCAAACGCCACUUGGACGACUCUGGAUGUGUCUUCAUCGAGAUUGCUGCCCGACCGGAUAGUGUGCGGGCCCACACGCAGAUAGAAUGUAUCCCAGUCCCACCGGAUAUCUUCACUUCCCUCCCAGCAUACUUCAAAAAGGCAUUAUCUGAAAUGGGAUCAGAAUGGGAUCAGAAUCGCCGCGUGAUUACCCUCAAACCAACUGGUCUCGGUGCCCGAGGUUCCGUACCCCCUAAAUUCGCUUAUGUUGCUGUCGAAUUUGGGGUGUCAGAUGGUGGGCUGGCCCGCGUCAUUGACAACGGUGUGGAUGUCCCUUCCUAUUUUGGCCGAGAAAUUGUCGGAGGAAUACUGGAAAAGGAUUCCUCCUUUUGGCGUAAGCCGAAACCGGAAUCUUUUGAUCGUUUGCGCAAGAAGGUGAUUGAAUUUGAGACUAUGUGGCACCCGUUCAACAAAUGGGCAGAACGCGACCCGAGAAAUCGACUGCUUGUUGAAGAGUCUAACGCUCCACCAACUCCAGAAGGUCCUGAACUCCCACCUGGCCUGAUGGACUGACAACAGGUGGACUGUACAUAGUCAUUUUAAUAAAACUUUCAGUUUUUAUCGUCUUGUGUGCGAUCAGUCUUCACUGGUUUGUCUGCAUUUUGGUCUUUCAUCUCGUC